AGGGAGCCCGGCAGCAGCUGUGCGCCUGCCACUCGCGGGCGCACGAGGCGGGCGCCCGAGCCCGGACUGCGCUGGGGCCCCCACCCCGCCCCAGGGCCCGCCCCAGCCCGUGCGACCCUCUCGCCUGCCCCCGCGCGUCAGGGCCGCCCCCUCGACGGCUGCGGGAAGGUGCCCAGCCCGCCCCGGAUGGGCAUCGUGGAGCCGGGCUGCGGAGAGAUGCUGACGGGCACCGAGCCGAUGCCGGCGAGCGACGAGGGCCGGGCGCCUGGCGCCGACCCGCAGCACCGCUACUUCUAUCCGGAGCCCGGCGCGCAGGACCCCGCCGACCGGCGCGGGGGCGGCAGCCUCGGGGCGUCCUACGCAGGGGGCGCCCUGGUGCCGGCCCCGCCAGGCCGCUUCCUCGGAGCCUACGCCUACCCGCCCCGGCCCCAGGCGGCCGGCUUUCCUGGGACGGCCGAGCCCUAUCCUCCGCCGGCGGGCGCCGAGGGCUACCAGCCCGGGGAUGGCUACGCAGCCCCGGACCCGCGCGCCAGUCUCUACCCGGGGCCGCGCGAGGACUAUGCGCUGCCCGCUGGGCUGGAGGUGUCGGGAAAGCUGAGAGUGGCGCUCAACAACCACCUGUUGUGGUCCAAGUUCAAUCAGCACCAGACGGAGAUGAUCAUCACCAAGCAGGGGCGGAGGAUGUUCCCGUUCCUGUCGUUCACCGUGGCGGGGCUGGAGCCCACCAGCCACUACAGGAUGUUCGUGGACGUGGUCUUGGUGGACCAGCACCACUGGCGGUACCAGAGCGGCAAGUGGGUGCAGUGUGGAAAAGCCGAAGGCAGCGUGUCAGGAAACCGCCUGUACGUCCAUCCAGAUUCACCCAACACCGGAGCCCACUGGAUGCGCCAGGAAGUUUCAUUUGGGAAACUGAAGCUCACGAACAAUAAAGGGGCCUCCAACAACGUGACCCAGAUGAUCGUGCUGCAGUCCCUCCAUAAGUACCAGCCCCGGCUGCACAUCGUGGAGGUGACGGACGGAGAGCCGGAGGCAGCGUGCCACGCCGCCAACACGCACGUCUUCACCUUCCAAGAGACGCAGUUCAUCGCCGUGACCGCCUACCAGAACGCCGAGAUCACGCAGCUGAAGAUUGACAACAACCCCUUUGCCAAAGGCUUCCGGGAGAACUUUGAGUCCAUGUAUGCAUCUGUGGACACCAGCGUCCCCUCCCCGCCUGCACCCAACUGUCAGGUGCCUGGUGGAGACCCCUACUCGCCUCUCCUCCCCAGCCAGUACCCCGUUCCCGGCCGUUUCUACCCCGAGCUUCCUGGCCAGGCCAAGGAGGUGGUUCCGCAGCCUUACUGGCUGGGGCCCCCCCGGGACCACAGCUACGACGCCGAGUUUCGAGCGGUCAGCAUGAAGCCCGCAUUCCUGCCCUCCGCCCCUGGGCCCACCGUGCCCUACUACCGCGGCCAGGAGGUCCUGGCGCCUGCAGCCGGCUGGCCGGUGGCCCCCCAGUACCCACCCAAGAUGGGCACAGCCAGCUGGUUCCGCCCCAUGCGGACUCUGCCCAUGGAACCUGGCCCCAGAGCCUCGGAGGACCAGGUCUCCGCCUCGCUCUGGACUGACAUCACGCCCCUCCGGCCGGAGUCCAGUGACUCAGGGCUGGGCGAAGGGGACUCUAAGAGGAGACGCGUGUCCCCCUAUCCUUCCAGUGGCGACAGCUCCUCCCCCGCCGGGGCCCCGUCCCCUUUUGAUAAGGAGGUCGCGGAGGGCCAGUUUUAUAACUAUUUCCCCAACUGAGCCGGCGUGGACCUGGCGCGAGGCACAGAAGCGGUGCUGGUAGGCUGGAGGACACCACGGAACUUGGACAAGAGACUCCGGCUGCAGGAGCCCCCGGCUGCCUCUGUCCCUUGUCUGGGAAAGAGGGGCGCCAGGAAGGGUCUGGGGCUCGCUGGCUGCCUCCUGGCCCACAGUCACCAUGUGAGGCUCAGCCCUGCCCGCUCACUCUGCCCCAGCUCGGGUCGUGUACCUGGUGCUGCUUCUGGCUGUCGGCUCCCGGCCAGCGAACAGGAGACAGACGAGGAGGAGGUCUUGGACACCUCGGGGCUUCUUCGCUUCUGGGGGGGGCGUGGACCAGGCUGGGAGGCCGGGAACGGGAGCCUGCUUUCUUCCUCUAUAAAGAGGCCUCCGAUGGGGUUGUUUGCGUGUGUGUUAAUCCCCGAUCUGAAAAUAAAUGGACGCGGAUUUUAUAACAGUCGGCCAGCCAGGGUCAGGGAGAGGACUCCGGUGACUUUGAGCAGCUGGCCUGGGCCCCACCUGCUCGGACACAGUGGGGUGCGGAAGAAGGGGCCGCAGUGCACAGCCCGGGACGCGCGGGCUGGUUUGGGGCGGCUGCGUGCGUGCCCACUCUUGCCUUCCCUUUCUCUUUAUUUUUAUUUUUUGAACGGGGUGGCUAUUUAUUGUGCAGAGAGUGGUGUCUGGAUGUCUUUGUCUCCAUCACUUUCUGAAAAUAAACUUGAAACUGUG